AUGUCAGGGGGUAACUUUGAUAAAGCUAAUAGCUUUAUUGCGAAACUAAAAGCUUAUGGAACUGAGAGUGAUGCAUGUGAUUUAAAAGAAGUGUACGAAACUUUCAAGAGUAUUUUAACUGAAUUGCCCUCUAAAGACAGAGGAUCUUUUUCCCUUAAUGUCUUGUGUACAUUAUGCAGGAACAUCGAGAAAGUACCUACAUGGCGCGAAAAGAUCUGCAACGCUCAGCUGCUAGAGUUAUCAGUAUGCUGUUUAAGACAAACACGAAUACUUGACAAGACGGACCAAGUCAAAACCUUGGCUUGUGUGUACCAUAUACAUAGAUAUCUUGUGAGACAGGAAUCAACAUUACAACCUGCUUUAUUACUAAAAUUAUCUUAUAUGCCUUUCGAAGUGACUGAGGAAUAUCUCCAAAGAGAGCAUUCGAAAGUCUAUUGGAGUAUUUUAGCGGAUAGAAUCUUUUAUAUAGAAAAAUUGAAAAUAACAAGGAAUAUAAAUGACUUAUUAUCAAAGUUAAAUGAAGAUAUAAAAACAAUAAUAAUAUUGUACAAUCCAGUACAUUUCUGUUCGAAUGUGUUGACGUUUAUAAUUAAAAAAUUACAUUUUUUAUACAGUGAUAUUAAAACUGAAGAAUUAAUGAUUGUGUAUAAAAAUAUUUUUGAUUCUAUUUCAACUAAAGAUAACAUAAAAUUGUUUAAAAAUAUCACGAGUGAUGAAUCAAUAGAUAUAUAUGUAAAAUUAAAUGAAUGUCUUUAUGUAAUGAUUGAAAAUGAAUCCAAAGUUAAUUUUAAAGGGUCCGAUUUGGAUUAUGUUGUAAGAAAGAUUAUUUCUCUAUUCGGACACUGUUCUGAUAUUUUUCAUUGUUUACAAAUUAUUUAUUUGAAUUGUUUCUGCUGUGUAUUCAAAUAUAAAAUCGAUUCAGAUUACGUUGAAACAGUUUUGGAUAGUUUGCAAAAUAACUGCGAGACGGCUGAGAAAUUGGGUUACAAGAAAAUUAUGUAUAUAAUUUAUCCAUACAUUGCUCAGUUAUUAAGACUUUGUAUUGAUUAUUUCAUUAAUAAUAAUAAUUUUAAUAUAACAAUACAAAAUAACUGUUUGAAAAUUAUUAUAUACUUAAUUGAUAAAUUAUAUAAUACACAGCAAAUAUCAAAAUGUGACCGUUGUUAUAUUAAAACUGGAUUACACGAUGCUUUACGUUUAACAUUCUUAACAAAAAACAUGAUAACAAUAUCUAUAGAAAAGAAUAUGGAUAUAAAACAUACAUUUAAAUAUUAUUACGAUGUUAUUAUUAAACAAUAUACAAUAUUGAAUGAAUUAAAAAAAUUAAAAUGUAUAAAUCAUGAGAAAUGUUUGAAAAAAUUACAAACCGAUGUACAUAAUACAGCUAUAGUUCUGAAUAAAGCUAAAUUCUAUGAAUAUUCCAUUCAAAUGUUUAAUAUAUAUGUUAAAAGUGAGAUAAAUUAUGUUAAAAAUGAGUUGGAAUAUAAAAAUUUAGCGAGAGCUUUUUAUAACAAGAGCAUUAGUGAAAUGGAUUGUAAGUUGUAUUCUGAAGCUAUUACUGGUGCAUAUUUAAGUUUGGUGUUCUCCGGAGAAGAUGGUUUAAUACAAGAUAAAUAUAUGAGUUUAGUUAUGGAUAUAAAAGCUAAAGCUUUGAAAAAUGAUGGUAACGAUUCAAUGCAGUUGAUGACAGUUUUGACUGUGUGCAAGAAUUUAUCCGAGAAAAAGGAUUAUGUCAAUUUGAUGCAGUUCUUUUCUAAUUUGAAGUUUAGUGCAUUAUUAAAACAUGAAUUUUCAAUGUAUGUCAAAUUAUGGCCAUCUUUAGUACCCAUAGCUGGUGUCUGGAUGUCUUUGAAUGAUUUAACUAAAGGUGUACAUAAGUCUUGGUUAAAAGAGGAAAAUGAAGAUAAUUUAUUAUUGAUUUUAUAUGAAGUGAUAUUGGAAACUCCGACAGCAGUUCGAACAAUACAUUCAGAUUAUUACAAGAGUAUUGUAGCUGAAAUGUUGAACAGAAUUAAAGAGAAAAAAAAUAAAAAGUUAGAAGAAAGAAUAGUAGAAGCUACUUUACUAUUUUUACAAUCUGAAUAUGAUAUUGCUGAAGCAACAGAGAAAUAUGGAUGGAAACAAACUGAUCCGACAUUAAAUCCUGAACAAAUUAAAGAUUUGCGUACAUUACCGCAAGAACAAAAUGCAUUGAGACAUGCUAUGGUAGCUGUUGAUAUAUGGACAGAAAUAUUACCAAAAUUAAAGUCUGUCUACUAUCACAAUAUACGAAGACGCUAUAUGUUUCUUCCAGUUCCGAAAAAUUCCUUUCUGCAGCAUUCUCUACGGAUUGCACAAGUAUUUGUACAGCAAUUGCUGUACACACAGCGUACACUGCAAGCUUUACAGCUUGCACAUGUCUGUUGUGAGUUGGCCUUCCACAUUGGUGACAAGAUAUCCUACAUAAAUAAUGUAGGUGUAAUUCUUCAACACGUCAGCAAACCUAUAGAUAAAGUGGAACAUAUUGUGACCACUGGUAUUAAAUAUUGGCAAGAAAUAACAUCGUGCAAGCAACAUCUGGAAACUGUGCUAGUGUUCGCGUGCGAAUUAGCUAUAUAUUACAAUAAAUGCGGUUCUAUUUGUACCAGUGAAAAACUUUUGCAGUUUGUUGAAGUACGAAUAUUAGAAGCUUUUGAAGAUACAAAUUUGGAUCUAGCUAUAGGUAGUAUGUUAGUGGCGCAGGCGCAGAUCUCAGACUGCGCAGUUCCAGACACUUUGAGCAGAAUGACAGCAGUUCAAAGACAUUAUGUAGCAAUUAGUAAUAACGAAAAUACAUGGACUUCACGUCGUUAUCGUUCCCUGUCACUUCGUAUUGGAUGUUGCGCCGGCGCAUUACUUGGUGGUAGAGCUGCGCGUGCGCUGCUGCUGUGGCGGCGCGCGCGCAGCUCCCUGGCUGCGGGACUUCGCCCCGCCAGCGCACUGCUCGCUGCUCAGAUGUAUACACUAUAUGUGGAUACUAAUUCUGAUGAUGCUGAGGUCAAUAUAGAUCGGAUCAAACAUAUCCUAGGUCUGCAACCGACAAACGAAAUUCAACCACAAACAAACAUAGAUAAAGUCGAACAACACACACCAAAACACACACAAAUCGAGACAAUGCUGAAGAGUUCAACAUUCAGAAGGUUACAAACCAGCCCAAGCUCCCCAUUAAUUACACCCUCAUUUACUAUGCCCGAGUUCCUAAACCAUAAAGAUAACUGUCAAUGCUACGCCUGUUUAGUUCCUACCAGCUUCAUAAUAGCUGCUAGAACAUGUCUUCUAGAAGCUUCUAUGUACUUCAGAAGUAAAGAUUUUCAAAUAGCAAGAAAUUACUUUGAUGGUGCAUCAGAAGCUUUGAAAUUAUCCAAAGAGAAACUUAUCAAAUUAAUAAAAAAGUCUAAAGUUGAGAAAUAUAUUUGCGAGAUUGUUAAAGAUUAUUGGUUUAAAGAAGUUAAAUUGAUAGAAGCAGAAAUGGUGAUAGAAGAAUCUUAUUUAGAACUAUCACAGAACGAUUUUACUAAUAUUAAUAUGAAUUUAAUAAGAUUAGAUGAAAUUUCAAAGGAAAUCAAAUUAAAUGUGUAUUUAGAGAAUGAAAUAAACAAUCUCUUGAUAGCAACUUCUAGACUGAAGAGAGCUAUUAAGAAAGAACAAGAAGAUACAUUAGAAAUAGAAAUGGAACAUUUAACUCUAAGUCCGAAUACAAAAUUAGUUAAAACACCGGAAUCAAAGAAAAUACCAGUAAAUAAUACAAACAAAGUGGUAAAACAAAAUGAAUUGCCUUCAUUAAAUUACAAAAUAAGUAAAUUAAAUCUUGACGGUGAAGAUUAUGAUGAAAAAGAACCGAUUAAAGAAAUAAAAAAAACAAAAUUCAAAAUACCAGAACCUGUCAUAAGUAGACCAAUUUUGGAAACAAUGACACCUGGUCCUAAAACCAGUGUUAAUUUGGAGACCACAACAAAGAUUCCAAAGGCUACAUUAAAGUUUGAGACUACAACUCCAUUACCAAAGACCAGGGUUAAGAUUUUACUGACCCAGGCCAGUCAGGACCAGGGUACUCCGGUCUCUAAGACAGAGGAGUUUUUCACACCCUCAUCAACUCCAGGGGAACAAUUUUUCACACCGAUGUCUUCUCUCAAAACUUAUACAAGAAAAAGGACUGCUAUUGUCAAAAAUCUUGAUCGUGAAUUUUCUACUCCUAAAGUUGACAUUCAGAACGAGAAUAAACCAGGUGUCAGAACUAGACGAGCUGUCAGCAGUCGACUGAACAAGGACCAGACCAAUUGACUAUAAAAGUUAAUUUUCAAAUGAAUAACUUAAAUUUUGUAAAUAGAUGAUUUCUAAAUUUGAUUCUAAAAUUA